UGAAUUGGGGAAUUACCGAACUAAAAAUCAUUCGGUAUCGUCAAGCUUAGAUGGAAACACCUAGUCUGGUCUUCCCUAGCCCUCAACUCAGCCAUCAACCUUUAACUAUCCCCCUCCUCACCUAAAUUUGACCUCUCUUGCUGUCCCAAUGGCACGACAAUUUAACCUUCAAAACGGACCUCAUGGUGGUGACGCUCCUCCUUCCCCUCCUCUGAUAGAAGUCCAGGAUCUUCACCCGGAUCAGAUAGAGGAAAACCGUUGGGAAAAUCCAGCAGCUCCUCGUCCAGGGGAAAGACGGAGAGAAGUGGCUGCACGGCGUGGAGGAGUGGUUGCUCAACGUGGAGGAGUGGCUGAGCAACGUGAAGAAGCGGCCCCGGGACGUGGACGUGCGGCUCCGCAACUUGGACAAGCAGCAAGGGGAUUGAUACGCGAACUACAAAGGAGGGCACUGCUACUCCAACGUAAUGAAGAAGAUGAUGGGGAAGAUGAAGAAGAUGGAGAAGUUGGAGGAAUAUGGAGAGAAGUGGCUGCACGACGUGGAGGAGUGGCUGCGCAACGUGGAGGAGUGGUUGCGCAACGUGGAGGAGUGGCUGAGCAACGUGAAGAAGCGGCCCCGGGACGUGGACAAGCAGCAAGGGGGUUGAUACGCGAACUACAAAGGAGGGCACUGCUACUCCAACGUAAUGAAGAAGAUGAUGGGGAAGAUGAAGAAGAUGGAGAAGUUGGAGAAGAUGAACAAAAUCAUGAAGAUUAAUUUUUGUUAUGUACAAAUUAGUGGAUUAGUUAAUAAAUACAGAUUAAAUACACGCUUCGUAAGCAAAUGUAACUGAAA